AUGUGUACUCCAGUAGACAUAUUAUGCAGGAGCUUAAUCAAAAUUUGUCGUGGUGAAAAGGAUAAAGCGCCAAAUAUGUCUGUAAGCCAGUUAGAUUUACAUAGAGGGAGUGGAGAGAAGGUAUCUAUUGAAACUAAACAUAAAAUGUAUGACCAUCAAAUAGAAGGAUUGAGGUUUCUUUUCAAACAAUGGAAAAUGUGGAAGGACAAUUUGCAGACAAAAAGUCUUGGGUACUGUGUAUUGAAUUUUCCACCCAACACAGGGAAGUCAGUGACCGCUGUGCUAUUCCUGUAUGCUAUACGUAUGCUGCUAGAGCAACCCAUACUGAUGCUGUGUAGGAAUUGUGACCAAGUCAAACUAUGGAGUGAAUAUUUUCAGUGUUGGAGUGGCUUUACAUCAGAGGACAUAGCAGUGGAAUCUAAAAAAGCCUUAAUAAACAAGCAAGUGUUCAUAAAGAAUUUUGAGAAUUUGUCUGAACUGAAUACCUUUAUCAGUCGCACUUGGAGUAUUGUUGUGGUCAAGGAUGAAGAUUUUUUGUCUUUACCUUAUUUUCCACACGUUAGUUUCGUCAUCUGGCUGACAUCUACCGAUCUUAUUAACGAUUUGUCUUCCCUUAAAUUACUGCACAAAUGGUUACUACCAAAAGAAAAGUUUGAAGUCAACUCAGACGAGCAGUUACGAUGGCGAAAAAACAUAUAUGAACGCACAGUGUUAGAAAGUUUUAUCCUGAGACAGAUGAAGAUAUCAUCCAAAUUUUACAGCAUGAAUAAUUCUGUCAAGGAAAAACGUGAAGGAGAACAUGUAAAACAAAAAAGGUCAAAGAAUAAAGACCCAACGGGCCUUAAAACUAAACGUUCCAAAAGUAACCACAUCGAAACCUACGUUCAGCCUAGCACAACUGAAAAAGCAGAUGACAUGGAUGUAGAAGCAUUUAUAAGAAAUCAAGCGCCUCUAUGUUCUGAAGAUACUGAUGAAAAAGAGUUAAACCUUAUGAAUGAAAAUAGUAGUAUGUGUGAAAAAGAAAAACCUAACAGAAAUACACAAAAUACUUGUGAAGAGGUUGGUAAUAAGUCAGCUGAUUAUAUGUUAAAUGGGAUAUCAGACAACAUUGCAGGUUGUAAUGAAGAGAACAUACAAUCUGAUCCAACUGACUCAGCAGCUUACAACGAUGUAGACGAAGAUGACGGAUUUGAUACUCAAGUAGAGUCAGAAAAAGUAAUAAAAAGAAGUACAGCAACUAAAUUAGUAUCACAGGAUAGUGGUCCAAUUGCAAAUGAUCAAUCAAAAUUAAAACCUAAUUUAACUUGUAAGCAAAAUGAAGCAGUUUGUGCAACACAUGACAUUAGUGAAAACAUUGUGUCAUCAGAUACGACACUACUACAAGGAAAUGUUGACACUGAUGUUGUAAAAAAUGUUGUUGGGUUAAAUGAAAGGGUAUUAAAUUUAGAAUCAGAUUUAGAUAGUAAGAUUAAUGAAAUGGAAGAAAAGGCAAUGAAAAAGUUUAAAGGGUCGUUCCUAGAUAGUAUAUUAUAA